CUUUGAUUCAACAUUUGUGCUGAAAGCAGGGAACGUGGCGGAGAUACAGCAGGCCAGCGGAGUAUUAUUACUAUAUAAAACAAAAAUUCAAAACUUGUUUAGUAAUUCCUAAUAUGAACAAUGGCUGAAAACCAAGUAAUACAAGGUUACUGGGAGCCACACACAGCGCGCGCUGAUUGGUGCGAACAAAAUUAUGAAGUGUCGUAUCACGUUGCUGAGUUUUGGAAUACGGUAUCCAAUAUAUUCAUCUUCGUUCCUGGAAUAAUUGGGCUUAUUCAAUGCAUUCGCAAUGGAACAGAAUCCCGCUUCGCCGUAGGGUAUUUAGCAAUUAUCUCUGUAAGUGUCGGAUCAAUUUUGUUUCAUAUGACUCUUCACCUCACGAUGCAGCUAUUCGACCAGCUACCUAUGGUAUGGGCUAUUACUGUGUACAUGUUUUGUCUAAUUGAAACACAAUCACCGCAGCAUAGCAAGACUAUUUUGUUACCGUCAGUGUUGUUUCUUGGAUCAGUAGUCAUUACUAUAGUAACCAUUGUCAGUCCGACUCCAUUUUUAUUUAGGACGUCAUUUUUCAUUAACCUGAUGGUAGUAGUUGUGCUGUCAAUACAUUCUGCAAGACAUCAUCGCUGUAACACAAGCUAUUUGCUACUCGCUCUUAUGUUCUUUAUUAUUGCCGGAUUGUGUUGGGUAACCGACCGUUUCUUCUGUCCAGAAUUACGUGAAAUCCGGGGCUUCCUGCCAAAUUACGCGCAACCGUUACUGCAAUUACACGCGUGGUGGCACGUAUUCUCUGGUCUAGGCACAGCAUUUCAUGCAGUGUUCAUUUACGACUUAAGAAGCAAGUUCCUAAGACACAAGCCGUCUUUAAAGAAACUUUUCGGAAUAUUUCCAUAUUUGGAUGUGAAAAAGGAUUCGCAUAUCAUCUAAGAAUACGGAUGACUUCUCAACUGCAAUAUAAUAAUCAUAAUGGAAUGAAAAUUAGAGUAGCUUACGAACCAUAAAUAUACAUACUUUACUUUAAAUUGUAAGAAAAUGGUGAUAGGCCUAACCGGUAUGCGCAAUGGUAACGCUUUAAUUCUGUUGUGCGUGUUAUGUGGAUAUCCGUAUUAAGUUUUAUUCGAAUACUGUAAACGCCCCGGGGCGUUUAUUGUUGAGAAGGAAUUUGAAGGAGCGUUUAUUCGAGGGAGGUUUUUUUUUUUAAAUGUAAGAUGAAUACAUGUACACGCCAAUAAACUCACUUUUAUUCGAGAAAGGCGUUUAUUCGAGAAAGGCGUUUGUUCCAAAUGUGGAGAAAGGGGCGUUUAUUCAAAGCGGGGCGUUUUAUUCGAAUACAGUAAAUACGGUAUUUAUUUACUUUUAUUUAAUUUCAUCCAACAGUGUGGACGCCAAUAACACCCUGCAAAUACAAUAUAAAAAUCAUUAUACAAUCAUAUAAUAUUUGUCAGAAUAAAUGAGGAUGAAAGAAAAAUAUGAUGAAUAAAAUACAAUGUCAGGGA